AUGAAACGACGGUACUCAGAAUUGUCCUCCACCUCUCUCGAGCCAGCUCGAUCAAGGUUCAAACGCAACACAGAUAAUGAUUUCAUGGAAAAUGAAAGUGGAUACAUUUCCACACAUAGAAUGACCGACCAUUACAGUGAUCAAACUCUGGAAGAAGGAGAAAUCAGUCCAGACAUGGAAGCACAACCCCUAGUAAACCCUAUUGUGGCCGAGCCAACCUCAAAGGCCCUGAGUCUUGAUGAAGUGGAGAAUAGCAUCCUCUACAAAUUCAAGAACAAGAGGUUCGAAGAAGCCUUCACGCAUCCUUCUUUUAUGCGUGGCUUUUCCUAUGAGCGUUUGGAGUUAGUUGGCGAUGCGGUGCUGGGUUUAUUGUUUUGCCUGGAUUCUCUGUACCCGGAUUUAGCUCCGGGAAAGCUGACCCGCCUCCGGGCCGCAAACAUCGACACGGAGAAGCUUGCACGUGUGGCGCUCCAACAUGGCCUACACCGCUAUCUCCGCCACAAGAAACCGUACCUUGCAGAUCAAAUCCAAGAUUUUUCACGGGCGGUUCUUCAGUAUCCAUUGUACUCCAAUGGUCUUAUUGACGCUCCAAAAGACCUUGCAGAUGUUGUGGAGUCGACAAUAGGGGCGGUUUACAGGGACUGCAACUCCAUAGAUGUUGUGUGGCAUGUGUUCAGGGGGUUGCUAGAGCCGAUCAAAACUCCGGAGACGAUACAAUUACAUCCGAAAACACAGCUUCUUGAAAUUUGUCAAAAGAACCACCGGAGUCUCAAGUAUGUGGACACAUGGGAGAAGGAUCAGAGUAUUGAGUGUGUCAUUGACGGUCAGAUUGUUGGAAGAGGUACCUAUAGUUCGGAAAUUCGGAAGUACGUUGCACUAAACCGAGCAGCAAAAGAUGCUUUGGACAAUAAGUGGAAGUGGUUGGGGCAUAAUGGCGUCACUGCUCAAAAUGUGGCGAUGGAGGAGAAUGUGAACAUGGAGAAUAGUGAUGAAGAUGCUAAUAGCUCCGUCGAGCAGGCUGAAGAAUCAACUGUCAGUUCUUUAAAGAUAUGGAGGAGGUCAGGAGGAUCUAGAGACUAA